AUGGGGCUAUGUUGUUAUUUUCAAGUUGACAGUAUGAAAAGUCGAGUGACAAAGAAAAAAGGUAGAGGACUUGGAGGAGAAACCCAUGGUGAUGUGAAGGAGUAUGAAGCUCUCGAACAAGAAGGAGCAGCGGGUGCUCCCCAAAGGUCUGUGGAGGGUUGGAUUAUAUUCGUCACUAAUGUUCAUGAAGAAGCGCAUGAGGACGACGUUUUUGAACACUUUGCAUCUUAUGGCGAAAUCAAGAAUAUAGCUCUAAAUAUAGAUCGAAGGACAGGUUUUCUGAAAGGUUAUGCCUUAAUUGAGUAUGAGACUCAAAAAGAAGCUAUGGAGGCUAUUAAUGGUUGCAAUGGGUCUAAACUUCUUGGACAAGUGAUAAGUGUCAGCUGGUGUUUUGUCAGAGGAGGUGGUGAUGGCGGCAAGAAAAGGCGGCGGUGA